AUGGGAACUUGUGCGAAAUUUGAAAACGACACUGAUUACACGUGUCGACUGGUGGACUGUGACGGAGAAGUCUCGCAGUGGAGUACGGACGACCUGAAGCAGUACUGCAUCCUUAAGGACGCCUCACACAUUUCCUGUCUGGAUGUAUCCCUCCUGUACCGCGUCAUCGCCUGUAACGUACCCGGAUCAUACGGGUACUCCAACGAUAUAUUUCCCGCGGCAAUCUGGGUCCGCAACGAUUGUUAUGCACAAUUCCAAGUUUGUUAUAAAACAGAUAAUAUGAAGAAAAUAAGUAACAACCUGAACAACCCAUGGUCCAGCGUUCUCAUGAAUAACACAAACGAGACCCAAAACCUGUACGGGAACAUUACCAAUAACCAGUCCACACCGUACAACAAAUUCUCAAAGAUCCGAUACUCCACAAACUUUCCCAUUAUUCCCAGACCGCCGAGACAAAAACCAUGGAAAUCUAAAAUCAGAAGAAAGCCAUCAAGUUCCGAAAAUUCCGACAAUGAACCGUCAGAAAAUGUCCUUGCGGUUUCUAAACUGGCCGAAACAACAACAAAAUCCGCUCAAGUCAGCAACACAACAGUGAAUUCACCCAAAGAGACAACAAAAACGAACUUAAAAACAACAAAGCCAACCUCUCCUUCUACCAGAACGGAAACCACAUCUGUUAACCCGAGGCCAAAGUCGGAGGCAAACAAUACUCUAAAGGAGAAAAACCUAUAUUUCAUGAACAGCGGUGUGAUUCAUGCUGGGGAAAUCGACAUUGACGUCAACGGAAGAAUCAAACAUCAUCACCUGUCUAACGACACGGCGGACGAGUAUGAGAUCAGCACGCCCCACGGUGGAUCCCCGCUGUCUGGGUCCGAGUUCCUGUUUGGAGCUGUUUUGGGGAUUGCUUUCCUUGCGUUGGUUCUGCUAGGCAUAGUUCUAUUUAUAUGCAGAGCGAAGAUUAAAAGAUGCGUCCACGGAGAAAAAGAAAACACAGAAACUCCGGUACAGACAAGAGAUGGAGACAUCUCUUUCAUCAGUGGACCUCUCACGGCGGAAUAUCCGGGUCACAGACCAAGAGCUAAUGCUAAUGUAGGAACGGUAAUCCGGAGUACGAAUCCUCUCCAUAACCAGUUCAACCAAGUAAAUCCAGGAUUCAAUCAACCAUUACCGAAUAACCAAUACUUCAUUUUACAACCAGAAAACCAAUCGAACGCUCCCCGCCAUCACAGACAUUUACACCAAACAGGCUCUGAGUAUGACGACGAGGGUUCACAUAAAUACUUUGUUUUGGAGAAUUUCCCUUCAGAACUUUGUUGCCCUAAGGAUAAAGACGAUUAUGACAAUGCCGUCCCCCACCCCUGUUUUGGAGGAGGCGCGUGCUCAUUGCCUGACAAACACCCCCGAGAAAACAAUUCAGUCAAUUCCGACGGUGAGCUGGGAGCUGCGGGCUAUCGUAGAAUAGGAGAUACCAAGAGGCGGGGUCAUGAACAUAGAGUGUCUCACGUUUGAAAUCUUACCGAACUGGAUUUGUGAUAUAAUGUGCCAA